UUGAGCAGCGUUUCCCGCCGAUCGCGCGAGUUGUUGUGUUUCAGGAUAUCGUUUAUUUCGAGUUUCGUGUUUUAAAGAAAAAACAAUCGAUCCAUCUGGUUUGUAAGAAAAAUCUGAUCAUGACAAUUGUGGUUCUGCGUUUGCAAGGUUUACACACAGAGGCAGGAUCUGAAGAUAUUCGCAGAUUUUUUCAUGGCUUGAACAUCCCAGGGGGCGGUGUUCAUAUCACUGGGGGAGAGAUGGGUGAAGCUUUCAUUAUUUUCAAUACGGAAAGGGAUGGCCAACUUGCCAUGCGCUACUCUGGAAAACAUCUCAGAGGCUCCUCUAUUUUACUACAUGUCAGCAGUUUAGCUGAGUUAAAGCAUAGCAUGCAGUCAAUGUUAAAGAGAGCAAAGUCCAAUGCAGGGGUGACUAAAACACUGCCAUUGCCAUCAUCUUCACCAGACACCAAUGCACCUCAAGUGAUUAACCAUCAAAGCCCAGCUUUAAAUCAAAUUCCCAAAGACUUCAAUCAAACCGUUCAAGGCAAGCAACAGCCUAGACCUGACGACCAAAAAAAUGCAGCUUUUGCUCAACCUGUAAAACUUACUCAUGACUUGGCAUCUAAGGAGCAACAAAGCAGAAAGAUCAGUUCCUGUAAGCCAGGCUACCUUCGGCUUUAUGGAUUCCCUGACUCUGCUGACAAACAAGAGGUUCUUCAUUUCCUGCGAGGACUCUCAGUGUUGGAGGUUUUUAUGAAAGUUCGCUUGCAACUGGGCUGGUGCUGCCUGGCGAAGGUGUCCAGUUUUGCAGAGGCUGAGGAAGGGUUGAAAUACAGCCAGAGAAAAUUCAAAGAAUUUAACAUUGAGGUUCGACUAGCCCAUGAGAAGAUGUGGAAUGAUGCUGUGGAGCAAUCCAAAAAUUGCGAGAACAACAUGGAAUCUUGCACUUUAUCAGAGCAAAAGAAAACCAUCACAGAUAGAAAUGCUUGUAGAGCUUUCUCAAGCAAAAGAAGUGCAGAGGAGCAGCCCUUACCAGGAUCUCCUAAACGAUACUGUCAAAAACCCCCAUCUCCUCAAACAGAACUUUAUGUUGUAGUCAAUAACCUUUCAAAGAAUAUAACUAAGACAGAGAUCAAGAACAUUUUUGGCUGCCAUGAAAUCCCAAACCGUCAAAUUAAACACUUACUAAACAAAUGGAGAGAGCGGACGAGCACAGCGUUCAUUACCUUUGACCAUGCAGAAGACUACGCUUCAGCUCUGAACAUGAAUGGCACCAUGAUUGGCUUAAAUAUCAUUGAAGUGUCAUCCAUUACUAAGGAAGAAAUGUUUGCUAUUCUGAGAAGGAACAGAUGUACUAAAAUCUGGAGACCGUGUCCUUAUGGAAAAGCUCACUUUGCCAUGUCAUGUGUAUAUGCUCGCAAUUUUCCUGCAAAUGUCAUGAAAACGGAGGUGAGAGAUUUUUUCUUGCGCUUUAACAUCUGUGAAAAGGAUAUCGCAUUGAUGGUGGACAGCCAGGGCAAAGGUGUUGGGGAGGCCAUCGUGCAGUUUGGAUGUGAGGAAAUGGCCAGACAGGCGCAGAGUUUACAUGGGAAGUAUUUUAUGGGAGCUAAGAUUCUGCUCACCUGUAUCACACAUCAACAGAUGGAGAAGAUACUUGGCACACAGUGAACAUUUGGAGGUGUUUACUGCUUUUUCGGACACAAGCAAUAAUAUAAAAUCCAUGUAAAUUAAGACCACCAACUCAUCAUUGUCCUUAAGCAUUUGAAAACUCUCAAUGAGCUUUAUAGGCCAAAUGGCUCGGUCAUUAGCUGUGGGAUCUAUGCAUGAAGAAUUUUGGCAAAAGUUAUUUUUUUUUGCCUACAACAAUUGUAGAUGACUGACAAAGACUGAAUACUACAGUGGACAUUGAAUCACUGAGUAAAAAUUACUUAUUUUCAUGCAAUGAUUGCCAGACUAUUAAGGACUCAAAUGUUUAGGAUUCAUUAAAAAAAUAAAGUAAAUAAUGUACAGAAACUUUGCACAUUAAAAAAAAAUAUUGCCAAGUCACAAUAUUUUGCUCUUUUUGCUAUGUUUAAUUGUUUUCAUUAGAGUUUGCUGUUAAGCAAACACACAGCUAAUUGGUUUCUGUGAAAAAUGUAAAUGCAAGAUCUUUGCUUGCACAUUAGUAUUUGAGUUAUUUCAAUUAAAAUUAAGUAUUUUUUUAAUUUUAGCCUACAUGUAGGAGAUAAUCUGCAAAUAAAGGUCU